UAUACACCACCGAAGAAGAAGAAUGGCCGCCAACAUGAGCAAAUCUAAUCGGUUUCGGUUGAGCAGUUUUCAGAUAUUUGAUUUACUGUUUAAUCAGCGAAACAUUAAUGAAUUAAUAUGUCUAUUUACCGUUGUCCUUCUUUUAACGUGUACGUGUCUGGCAGACGAUGGCUACGAGAUGGAUGACUUUUUAAAAAGGGAGUACUCGCUUACCAAACCAUACCAAGGGUUGGGCUCCUCCAGUUCCUCCCAUUGGGACCUGAUGGGCAACGCCAUAAUCACCACUGAGAAUGUGCGACUGACCCCUGACUUGCAGAGCAGACAAGGAGCAGUGUGGAGCCGCGUUCCCUGUUACCUGAGGGACUGGGAGCUGCAGGUGCACUUUAAGAUCCAUGGCCAGGGGAAGAAGAACCUAAAUGGAGAUGGAAUGGCUCUGUGGUACACCAAAGAACGCAUGCAGACGGGUCCUGUGUUUGGAAACAUGAACCUCUUCACCGGCCUUGGAGUGUUUGUGGACACCUACCCCAAUGAAAAUAAUAACCAUGAGAAGAAGUACAACCCUUCAACUCAGAGGGUGUUUCCAUAUGUGUCAGGUAUGGUGGGGAACGGGACUCUGGCUUAUGAGCAUGAUCGUGAUGGCCAGUCUACAGAGCUUGGCGGGUGCACGGCCCUAGUGCGCAACAUCCCCCAUGACACCUUCCUCCUCAUCAGAUACACCAAAAACAGACUGACGAUACAGAUUGAUGUUGAUGGUAAACAGCAGUGGCGGGACUGUCUGGACCUACCAGGGGUGCGGCUGCCUCAGGGCUACUUCUUUGGAGCCUCCUCUGUUACUGGAGACCUGUCAGACAACCAUGAUCUCAUCUCUAUGAAGCUUUACCAGCUGACCGUGGAGCGUCCUCAGGAGGAAGAGGAGGAGGAAGAGCUCACUGUCCCCAGUGUUGAUAACUUUGAGCAAUUGAACAAAGUGGAGGUGCAGGAGGAGGGGAUGAGUGGAGUCCAGCUCUUCUUCACAAUAGUCUUCUCCAUCAUCGGUGUCUUUGUACUGGGGGUGGUGGCGGUGGUCAUGUACGGGUGCUGGAAGGAGAACAGCCGCAAACGUUUCUACUGACGGGAGAGGGAGAGAGGAAUAGUCUAUGGUUGCAUCCCAAAUGGCACCCUAUUCCCUAUAUAGUGCACUACUUUUG